CGAAUGCGAAGCAAGUAUGAUUAAUGGAACGCAGCGAGAUGAAGUGACCUCCAUUUUAAAUAUUUUGUAGUAAAGAGAAAUUUUGGAGUCUUUUGUGGGGAUUCUAGUUUUGUGGGUUGGUUGUAUUAAAACAAUGAGCAAAGUUUUCAAAGUACGUAGUAUUCCCAAAAUUGUGGAAGAAAUGGGGUCUGUAGAAACUGAAACUGAAAUGUUUUCUGAAGAAUGGUUGAAAAUUGACACGUUCAAAGACUGGUUGGAACGUGUGCCAGGAGAUCAGUAUAAAGCGAGAUGUUCAGUGUGUAAUAUCGUAUUAGAUUGCAGCAUUAGUCAAUUAAGUAAACAUGCUGCUUGCUCAGGGCAUCAAACAACCAUUCAAAAUUCAAGAAAAAGGAAAGCAGUGAUUGGGCAGUUAAUAGGGAAAGUAAGAAUGGCAAGUUCGUCAGGCAGCAGUGGCCAACCUCGAAAGAUCAUACUAUUGCGUCGCAACAUAGAGCCCAGUGUAAAAUGUGAAGUUGUGAAUGAGGCAGUUGGUGAGGAUUCAGAAGGAGACACUGGUGUAACAAUGAUUUCUUCUUCACCUGCAUUUGAAAAAGCCGUACAUUUGAGUGAGAUUCAGUUGGCACAGCAGCGCAAACGCAAAUCAUUUCGCUUGGAAUGGCUUGAUAUUCCAGAAUUCAAGGACUGGCUCAGUCCAGACCCAGAUAGUCCAUAUAAGGCUCGUUGCCUUGCUUGCAAUACAGUUCUGAAUGCAGGCAAGAGCGAGCUGGAAAAACAUGCUACAGGUGCCAAGCACGAGAAGGCAGUGGAAGCUCUGAAACGAAUGGUUUUGGAACAGCAGGAAUGGGAUGAAGCAAAUGAAAUGGAUGAGGAUGAGGAUGCUGAGGACAUGUAUGAGCCAAGUAUGAACAUGGGCACACAGACCAUGAUUACUGGUGAGCGCCUGGAACAGAAUCGUCAGCUGGAGGCACUGAAUCGCAUCGCCUCCUCUGUUGACAGUUUGGCUACAUCUGUUGCAAGUGCUUUUGAGAGCCUCACCAGACACCAAGAAACAAUGAAUAACAUAUUAAUGCAAUUGGUCAGUAACUGACCAAAGCAGCAGAGUAAAAUCGAAAUAAAGGAUCUCUUGACAUAUUUCAAAGAAAAUUUUCCAGGUAAAGUACUAGGAGACAUAAGAAAAUCUGAUAAAAAUAUACAUUAAGGUACUGAAAGUGUAAUAACAAUGAUGGAUCCUAUAUUGAAUCAUUGUAACAUAAAGUGAAGGAAUUAGAAUAUCACACAAUGGAUGAAGUUUGGGAAACAGUAAUGUAAAAUGUAAUACAGUAUCUUCUCACAACCCUGUACAAUUGGUUUUAUUCAUGUCUCUUUUUGUUAUGAAAAAUAACACCUGAGAGUGAUUUUUCAAAUACUAGUAAUACCAAGUCUAUCCUUAGACUGGGGAACACUCUUUGCUUUACUGAGCUGUAGGUAAUAAUGCAACAAACAUAAUACAGUGUUAGCAGACUGUCUCAGAUAACAUACA